AUGAGUAAACAAAGACAAGAUUUUGAAAAGCAACUAAUUUCGGAAGAGCUAUUCAUGAUCAAUAAUAAUAAUACUAACAUGGAAGGGAAAGUAAAAGUUGUCAAGCUUGAACAAGAAAUAUUUUCAGAUGAUGUUUGUUUUGAAAUAAUUUCCAUGAUUGAUGAUUCGUGGUUUAUUUUGAAUAAUUGUUCCUUGAUUUCAAAACAAUUCUUUAAUGUGAUCAAGGAACGUUCAAAACUUGUUAUUAAAUUUAAACAAAAAUUUACAGAAACAAGGAUUGAAUUAUGCAUGAAAAGCCAAUUUAUGAAUAGUAUUGUUAAUCUUAAAUUUUCUAGAAGGUUGCUUGACUCUAUACAAGUCAAAUUCAUAACUGAAAUGAAACAAUUAAAAUCACUUGAUAUUAGCGAAAAUCGAAUAGGUGAUGAAGGAGCCAAAUUUAUAAGUGAAAUGAAACAAUUAACAUCACUUGAUAUAGGUUACAAUCGAAUUGGUGUUGUAGGAGUCAAAUUCAUAAAUGAAAUGAAACAUUUAACAUCACUUGAUAUUAGUGGAAAUGGAAUUGGUGAUGAAGGAGUAAAAUCAAUCAGUGAACUGAAACAAUUAACAUCACUUGAUUUUAAUAACAAUAGAAUUGGUGAUAAAGGAGCCAAAUCUAUAAGUGAAAUGAAACAUUUAACAUUACUUAGUAUUAAUAACAAUCAUAUUGGCGCCGAAGGAGCCAGAUUCAUAAGUGAAAUGAAACAAUUAAAAUCACUUAGUAUUUAUAACAAUCAAAUUGGUGAUGAAGGAGCCAAAUUUAUAAAUGAAAUGAAACAAUUAACAUCACUUGAUAUUAGUGGAAAUGAAAUUGGUGUUGAAGGAGUCAUACCAAUAAGUGAAAUGAAACAAUUAACAUCACUUGAAAUUGGUGGAAAUCAAAUUGGUGAUGAAGGAGCCAAAUUGAUAAGUGAAAUGAAACAAUUAAUAUCACUUAAUAUUUAUAACAAUCAAAUUGGUAUUGAAGGAGCCAAAUUCAUAAGUGAAAUGAAACAAUUAAAAUCACUUUAUAUUGGUGGAAAUCAAAUUGGUGAUGAAGGAGUCAAAUUCAUUAGUGAAAUGAAACAGUUAACAUCACUUGAUAUAGGUUACAAUGAAAUUGUGAAGGAUAAGUGA